UGGCACUGAGUUCAGAAGUUCUCAAACUCAAAGCAUCCAAGGCAGGAUUGUCAUUCGAACGAGACUGAAAAACUAUUGAGAGGGUAAAUAAACAGAGAGGAUGUUUCUGUUGCUGAGCUGUCCUGAGUGUAAAGUGAGCGAGGAAUAGCAAACAAUCUCGCUCUUUCAGGCUGCUGUCUGGAUAUCGUUGCUUUUAAAUUUACUGCAUUUUUCUUUUUUUGGCAAACAGCACUACAAGUGAAAAAAACGACUCCCUGGAGCGACCCAUCAAGAAAAGAAAAAGAAGCAGAACUUGAACUCCGAACUUCAGAAAAGUCAAAAGUGCUAAUCCGAGAGAAACGCUCUCUUCAAACCUGCUUUCCAGAGGAGUGACCGCAGUAUUUCAUCCAUCCUUGGAUUAUAACUUUCCCCAGUGUCUGCGUUUUCCUGGGAUGGGCAGCCUGCCGUGUCUGUGCUACCUGGCAGCAGCAGUGGCGGUGGCGAUUGGCUCGGAGCGACGGCAACACCAGGUGCAGCAUGGCCCCUGCCGCUACACUUUUAUCCUGCCAGAGGUGGAGCAGUGCCGGCCUGCGGGAGACUUCCAGGUGACCAACUCCCUCCAGCGGGACUCACCCUCAGCCCCCGAGUCGCCCCAUGCUGAACCCAGCUGGCAGGAAAGGAAGCUGGAGACCCUAGAGAGCGCCACCGAGAACAAUACGCAGUGGCUGCAGAAGCUGGAGAGCUACAUUCAGGAGAACGUUCGAUCAGAGAUGGAGCGUAAUGUCAUUCACACUCAGACAGCCACUAUGCUGGAGAUCGGAACCAAUCUUCUGAGCCAAUCAGCGGAAAACACGCGCAAACUGACAGAUGUGGAGACACAGGUGCUGAACCAAACCAGUCGUCUGGAGAUCCAGCUGCUGGAGUACUCUCUGAGCACAAACCGGCUGGAGAAGCAGCUCUUAGAGCAAACUCAGGAGGUCUCCCGUCUCAAUGAUAAAAACAGCUACAUGGAACAGCGCUUUGCAGACAUAGAGGCCAAGCACAGCCGAGAGCUUCAGACCAUCCAGCAGGAGAAGCAGCAGCUGCUGGAGCUUCUGGACAGACAGAACGAGUUGGUCAGUCUGCUGGAAGGAGAACUGGCCAGCUCCACUCGUAACAGCACACUGAUCCAGCGGCAGCAGGCUUCGCUCACUGACACCGUGCAGCAGCUGCUGGCUAUGGUCACUCACUGUAACGAUAUUUCCACUCCAGUUGAUAAGGGGAUGUUGAAGUUUCGAGACUGUGCUGAGAUAUUCAAAUCUGGAGUGACAGAAAGUGGCAUAUACAGCAUUCAUCUCCCUAAUUCCACCCAGAAAACUAAGGUAUUCUGUGAUAUGAAAACUAAAGGAGGAGGCUGGACUGUCUUUCAGCAUCGCUAUGAUGGAUCAGUUGAUUUCAACCGUGACUGGAAUGAUUACAAACUGGGAUUUGGAGAUCCAUCAGGAGAGCACUGGUUAGGAAAUGAUGCCAUCCACCUGCUCACCACAACAAAAGACUACACUCUUCAGGUUCACCUCAAAGAUGCAGAGGAACACCAGGCUUAUUCUCAGUACGACACUUUCUACAUUGAAGGAGAAGAUAAGAAGUAUAGUCUCCAUGCCAGGGGUUUCAGUGGUACAGCUGGACGCACUAGCAGUCUUACCCACUCGGGGACCCAAUUCAGCACUAAAGAUCAAGACAAUGACCAGUGCAGCUGCAAGUGUGCUCAGAUGGCCACCGGAGGCUGGUGGUUUGAAGCUUGCGGGCCGUCCAAUCUCAACGGGAUAUAUUACUCUGGAAACUCCAACGUGAUACGCUAUAACAGUAUAAAAUGGUACUACUGGAAAGGGCCAAGUUGGAUGGCAACCAAGACCACUAUGAUGGUCCGGCCUGUGGACUUCUAAAAGCAGGAAGAGACUCUCACAACUGUAUCAUUUGACUUUUACUGACAGCCAGAUCAUCCAAACAAGCCGGUGCCAUCAAUGAAAAUUAUGGACAACUUGAGCACCAGACAGCUUGUGUCCAUGCCAUUGUAGCCGUUCAAUCUGUCUCCAUUUUGUUUGUUUAGUCUGGCGAAACAGGCACAAAUUGCACCAUAAAUGUUUUAUUUCCCCUUAUAGCGAAGCUCUUCCAAUGUAAAAUGCAAUGAACUGGAAUGGCUGAUCAGUGUUCACAUUUGUACUUGAUGUUUUGGGCUCGAUGUGUGUGUGUGUGUGUGCGGUGAAACCCUAACCCUUCUCCAUGCAGUGAAACCUACAGUAGGAUCUCCUGAGAUUUCUUCUCGUAUUGUAGUACUAGAAAAAAAAUAAUGAGAGAAAACCCUUAUAAAAGUGCUCAAGACACUGAAACAGAUGUGUGUUUUAUAAGCAGAACUUUCUUUCUAAAAUAUAUAUUUUGUAAUAAAACAAGAGACAUCUAAUCAGGCUUUCCCACAUCAUUCUGUUCACCCUUUAGUA